UUCACUGGGAAACAUUGAUGACCUGGCACAGCAGUAUGCAGAUUACUAUAACACCUGUUUCACUGAUGUAUGUGAGAGGAUGGAAGAACUGCGCAAACGGAGGGUUUCCCAAGAUCUCGAUAUGGAGAAACCCGAUGCCAGCCCCACAUCCCUCCAGCUGCGAUCCCAGAUUGAAGAAUCACUUGGCCUCAGCAGUGCUGUGUCAACACCAGAGACUGAAAGGAAACUCUCCAUUCAUAAAUCAAGUUCUGAAGACGGCUCUGUAGGGAAAGCAGACUGGAAAAAGAAAAAUAAGUAUUUUUGGCAGAAUUUCCGAAAGAACCAGAAAGGAAUAAUGAGACAGACUUCAAAAGGAGAGGAUGUUGGUUAUGUGGCCAGUGAGAUCACGAUGAGUGAUGAAGAACGGAUCCAGCUGAUGAUGAUGGUCAAAGAGAAGAUGAUCACCAUUGAGGAAGCGCUUGCUAGGCUGAAGGAAUAUGAAGCCCAGCACAGGCAAUCAAGCACUGUAGACUCUGCAGACUGGCCUGACAGUUCUUAUCCAACAUUUGAUGGGUCUUCUAAUUGCAAUUCAAGAGAACAAUCGGAUGAUGAAACAGAGGAGUCGGUGAAGUUUAAGAGAUUGCACAAGCUGGUAAAUUCUACUCGCAGAGUCCGAAAGAAACUAAUUAGGGUGGAAGAAAUGAAAAAACCCAGCAUGGAAGGUGUGGAAGAGCACUCACUCGACAGCUCUCCUAUACUGGAUGACAGAUCGGCACUUUAUUCUGGAGUUCACAAGAAGCAAUUCUAUUAUGAUGGCUCCUGUGAGAAGCAGCCAGAGGAUGAUUCAGACUCACUCACUACUUCCCCUUCAUCUAGCAGUCUAGAUACCUGGGGUGCUAACCGGAAGUUGGUGAAGACCUUCAGCAAAAAUGACGGUCGUGGCCUUAUUAAGCCCCCCAAGAAACUUGGGACAUUUUUCUCUUACCCAGAAGAAGAAAAGACCCAGAAAGUUUGCCGCUCCUUGACAGAUGGGGAAAUGAAGAAGAGCCUUGGCUCCCUGAGCCAUGGGAGAACCUGCAGCUUUGGAGGAUUUGACUUGACAAAUCGAUCUCUGCAUAUUGGAAACAAUACUGACCAUAUGGGCAAAGAAGGAGAUUUUGUUUACAAAGAAGUGAUCAAAUCACCCUCUGCCUCCCGCAUAUCCCUUGGCAAAAAAGUGAAGUCUGUAAAGGAAACCAUGAAGAAAAGGAUGUCUAAAAAAUAUAGCAGUUCUCUCUCAGAGCAGGACUCCAGCCCUGAUGUAUUGCCAGGUUCUCCACAGUCACCACAGCCAGACACUGAUUCUCUGGAUAAGCCCAAGCUGAAAGCUGGUGGUUCAGUGGAAAGCCUAAGGAGCUCCUUAAGUGGUCAGAGCUCAAUGAGUGGUCAGACUGUGAGUACAACAGAUUCUUCGGCCAGCAACAGAGAGAGCGUCAAGUCUGAAGAUGGGGAUGAUGAAGAGCCUCCAUACAGGGGACCUUUUUGUGGACGUGCCAGGGUUCACACAGAUUUUACACCUAGCCCAUACGAUACCGACUCUCUGAAACUCAAGAAAGGUGAUAUCAUUGAUAUAAUCAGCAAACCUCCCAUGGGCACUUGGAUGGGCCUGUUGAACAACAAAGUUGGCACUUUCAAAUUUAUAUAUGUGGAUGUAUUAAAUGAGGAGGAAGAGAAGCCAAAACGUCCCACAAGAAGACGACGAAAAGGGAGACCACCUCAGCCCAAAUCUGUUGAGGAUCUCCUUGAUCGGAUCAACUUAAAGGAGCACAUGCCCACUUUUCUGUUCAAUGGUUAUGAAGACCUGGACACCUUCAAGCUGCUAGAGGAGGAAGACUUGGAUGAGCUGAAUAUCCGAGACCCUGAACACAGAGCCGUCCUCCUCACAGCCGUGGAACUCUUACAGGAAUAUGACAGUAACAGCGACCAAUCAGGAUCUCAGGAAAAACUUCUCAUAGAAGGCCAGGGCCUAAGUGGAUGCUCCCCCCGGGAUUCGGGUUGCUACGAAAGCAGUGAGAACCUUGAGAAUGGCAAGACUCGGAGGACCUGCCUUCUCCCCACACAAUCAGCAAGUGAGCACAGCUUUAAGGGCUUCAACAGAAACCAACUGGCAAAUUAUCCAACACUCCCUUUGACUAAAUCAGUAGAAGCUCUUCAGCAAGGAGAGAGAGAAACCCAACUGAGCUGCAUGCAUCAUGCUCUGAAGAGCAGUGUCAAGCCUCCAAGUAUUACAGGUCUGAAGAAGAACCGCAGAAGUUUACCAGUUGCUGUCUGCCGGAGCUGUGAGACUCUGGAUGGCACCCAAAAUAUUGAGAUGUGGCCAAGAUCUCAUUCCCUGGAUGACCUCCAAGGAGAAUCCAGCACUGACCUUAAGGACAUUAGCAAGAAAGUAAACUCUUUUCCUCAGGAUUCACUAGAUGCAUCCAAAAAGACAACUGAUUCUGUCCUGCCGCCUCGGGCCCCCAUGGGCUGUAGUAUAGCAGGCAACUUACUACCUAAGCAGAGUAAAGGAGCUGCUGAUUUUCAGAAGGGAAAAGCUAAGGAACUGGUCUGCUCAGCAACAGAGACUGCUCAGUUCCUGCCUAAAAACUGUGAAGCUCACCCUACUUUAGUUACACACACUGUAACAAGGACACAUCUGGAAACUCAUAGUAAGGGCAUUCGUGAGCUUGAAAGGGUUGACUACUCUCCAGUUCUUAAGGAAGGUCUAGGAGCUGAGCAAAAGGGCUGCAGUGAGGCAAGAAUGCAGCCCAAAAAUCCUUCACAGCCACCACCAGUCCCUGCCAAAAAAAGCCGAGAACGCCUUUCAAAUGGGUUAUAUCAUUCCUCCAUGCCCCUAAGUCCAGAUGCACCAAGUUUGCCAGUAAAAAAGACCAUACCAUCCAUCCCCAUCGAUUGUCGUGGAGCACCUGCCAGUAGGCCAUCUUCUGAGCCAGACCCUGGUACUCCUCCAAGCCCACUGCCACCAUGGCUAUCUGAGCUUCCAGAGACUGCUUGUGUUCAGCAGCAUGUGGUAAAGCUAGGGCCUGUUUCAGCAAGGAAAAUCUCUUGCACUAGAGGAAUGGAUCUGGAAAUGUUGAUAGACAACAAGUUGCAGUCUGAGGAGAUUGAUCUCACGGAGGAACCAUAUUCAGACAAGCAUGGCCGCUGUGGAAUCCCUGAAGCUUUGGUGCAGAGAUACUCUGAAGACCUAGACCAGCCUGAGAAGGAUGUUGCUGCAAACAUGGACCAAAUCCGAGUGAAGCAGCUGAGGAAACAGCACCGCAUGGCUAUUCCAAGUGGAGGACUUACUGAAAUCUGCCGAAAACCCGUAUCCCCUGGACAUAUCACCUGUAUAUCUGAAUGGCUGGUUUCCAUUGGCCUACCCAUGUAUUCCAGCCCACUCACAGAAGCAGGCUUCAACACACUGAGUAAAGUGCCUUCUCUCUCACAAACUUGUCUUCAAGAAGCUGGCAUCACAGAGGAGAGGCACAUAAGCAAGCUCCUGGCAGCAGCAAGACUCUUGAAACCCCUCAAUCCAGAGGCAAUCUAACAUGCUCUGGAAGGUGGUGCUGUCUGGUCGGGAUCCCUGCUGCUUCUUACUGCACCAGUUUUGCCUAAAUUUCUCCACACAGCAAAAGGGAUCAAGCAAGCAGAUCCCAGGAACAGGCAAAUAUCCUCUUCAGAAGAUCUAAGACCUUCCUAUUUCUGUCUUUGGCAACUAAAGGAGAAAAGAAACAACCACCAGGUAACAGAGGUGUGGUACUUCAUAACUCCCUCUCCCCAAAGAAAAGACAUAGCAACAGAAUAUUGCCAGUUCUUAACGUGCAGGGGGCUGGCCCAAGGCCCUGUGGGGGCUCAGUGUGGGAUCUAAGCCUAAGGGUACCCUGGCAGGUUCUUCCCAAGUUUUUGGAAGCCAUGCCAGUUUUAAGUCCUUAUUCGGUGGAGAGGUCCCUAUGAAUGAGGGGUUUGUAAAAUGCUGGACUCCGGGUACCUAGAGUCCGUUCUGAAUGUUAUGAACAAGUUGAAGUGCAACUCACGGUAGAAGCUGAUUUGCAAAUCUGGUUGGGUUUUAUUUGUUUGUUUAUUUGUUUGUUUUAGCGAUCAAGUGCUUAAAUACAUACCCUUCUCAUCCUCUGUGUUGCUUGGUAUGGUUCCUCUAGGCUUAGAGCCUUCAGUGAGGCCAAAGUAAUGGACUGGAAUUAGUUUACAAAUAUUGACCAUUUCUGUUGCUCCUGCACAACUAACCUGACAAACUAAAAAAAAAUAUAUUCCUUUUUUUUUGUACAGAAUGGAGAUCAUUUUUAUAACUGCUUUCUAGCAAUCAGCUUUUUUAUUUGCCUUAAAAUAAGCUUGCAAGCAGUUACCUUGUGCUCACUUACCUGUGUCCAUGUUUCCCAAGCCUUGCUUCAUCCUGCUGUUGUUACAUGGCACUUAGGGCGAUUUUCAGCUAAAGCUGCUUUCAUAAAUUGUCUCAUUGUAACAUCUUCUGUCUUCUUGUAGAGGUGCUUUUGCGAGUGCAGGAUUAUGCUGGGUUUUGGGUGUUGGGAUAACUACUUUUUCGCUGCGGUCUACAUUUGUUGUUGUUACUAAAAUGUUCAAGAUAUCUUGCCUUGUAUAUAUGUAACUGCUUUUCAUUUUAAUCAUAUUUUGUGUACUGUGUUAUAUUGUCAAUCAUUACGCUGCAGCUUUGACUUGGUAUCCUGACCAUAUCAAUCCCAAACAUUGUUUACUUUAAAUGAAAGUUUGCCCGUGGGAAAUAAAAAUGCACUGAAAAAACAAGCUGUGUCCCAUAGAAAGUAAUUUCACUGCAUGGACAACCCCCUUCUCAUAUUUUAUGCAUUACCUUGUAAUUUUACAAAAACUGAUGUCCACCAUUAUUAAGUGUUGAAAUUUCUUCUUAUUGGAAGAAAGUAUUGUUCUGGAAUGUUGGACAAACCAUUUUUGUCCAUAAUAGGAUGAUUCUAUUUUCUGCCUAAAACAGUGUAAACUCUUCCAUUCCCAUGUGUGGAUACUGACAGAUUUUAUUUUUAUAUGUGGGCACACAUUUUAUAUACCAAAUACAGAUCAUCGUGAAUAGUAUUUAACUAGAUCUUUCUUAGUGUCUAUAUUCUACGUCUGUUUGUUUAACUUCCAGUAUUGCCAGCUCUUCAUGAUAGACAGAGCAGCCUUUGCUUUUGCAGGUAAAGUGAGGGAGCUAGUAUAGUGAAGUGAGCACAGGCAUAGGAACUUGCUUGUGUUACCGAAUCUUCUGCCAACUUACUAUGUGACUUUGGGCCAGUCACUUCAUCUCUCUGUGCCUCAGUUACCCCACACAUGAAAUGGGGCCAGUGAAGCUUCCCCUCCUUGACAAAAUGCAUUCAGACAGGUGAAUGAAAAUGAUCAUUAAGUGUACAAUUCUUUAUUAGUGCCAACCCUGUUUUGAGUCAGAGGUGCUGUGCAUUUUACCUAAGUCAAUACUUUUACUCUGAAUGUGAUGCUUAGGUGUUAGUUUUACCUACGUAACUUCCAAUGUCACCAGCCCCGACUAUUUUUGCUGUGAUCACAGUACUAAAUUCUUUCCUCAGAACAACAUACCAAUGUAUCCAAGAUAACUGGUUUACUAAAGUAACCUGAAAUUUUUCUGGCUCCAUAGCUCCUCUGGAUUUUCUCUAAAAUGUUGUUAGUGUGUUGUUCUGAGGGAGUGGAUAACAAGUCAGCUUUAGUGUGGCACUACCAGGCAAUGUUUGACAUAAUGGGAUAUUUUCCACAGGUGGCUGAAGCCUUAGAAAGUAGUGUGGGCCUCAGUUUUCUAUAACAAUGACUGUUCUGUCAUCCCUCUCUGAGACUUGAAAGGAAGCCAAUAGAAAGCAGUAUCUGGAAGGAAACUUGAGAUAUCCAGGGAUGCCGUAGAGCUCAGUAAUAAGUUAGACUGGAGUGUACUUGUUAGGGGUGAGGUGGGCAGCUUAAUGCAGAGUUUGAAUAUGAAAUGUUGUCUGAUAUGGAAGGAAGAAGACUUCCACUUACUAUGGGGAAGAAAAGUAACAGUAGAAAAAUCCCCAACUUUAAUUUCUUUUUGUUACCUGACUAAUAUCAGAAGGAGAUAUCUACACCAGAAAAAGAAACGGUUCAAAUCUCUGAACCUGUCCAAGUGCCAAAUAAUCUUUGUAAUGCCUAUGCCUUUUGAAUGAUUGCAUAGCAUGGGGAAGUCAUAUCACACCCAUCUGAGCCGGCUUUGAAUAGCUUGAUUUUUUUUGUUAUUUUUAAUAUUGCUUUUCUGAUCUGGUUUUCAGAUUGUGCUAUUUGAUCAUUUUUUAGUUGAAAUUUUAAUAUAUAUUUUGAUCUAAUAAAGGCCUUAAAUUUCUCAGUGUGAGCUUCUCCUACUGAGGUUUCAGGGACCUGUGGAGCUCAAUGAACAGGUAAGGGAUUGUGUAGUGAAACAGUGACCUAAUCCUUAUCAUUUCUCCUUGAAGUGGAGCACUCAAAAUACAAGCUAGUUUGUUGGCUGUCGUGAAGCACAGUAGAAGCCUGCUGAGAAAAAUCUUGCUCUGCUCUGUUCAAGACUGUUAUGUAUCCACUGUGUACAAUUCUAACUUGAAAGACUAUUCGGUAAAGGAAGCAGCAAGCGCACAUUUAUAAACAAGCAACAUUACUAUUGUAAGCUCCUAUUAAUACACCUUAAUCACUAUCUGAGUAGCUACAAAGUUCUAAAUGUCCCAGACGCUGUGCUCUUUUAUGAGUCUGGUUUUGGAUGCAAAUGGGAGCAUUGACAUAUAAUCAGAGGCAUUAAGUGUUAUGUUAUUCAGCCAGGUCAUCGUCCCUAAGAGCAGCAAUAGAAGUCAAAUCACCAAGUCAUGGCUGUGCAGUUGUACUGUAUUAUUUUUAGAAGAAAUAAUACUUUUGUCCAAGAUACUUUUAUCCUUAAUUGACAUCCUCUGGGUAAACAAAACUGUCAAGCAAGUUCUGUAACAACUAACAAUGUUGCACUUUCUGUAUAUGAAAUCAAUAUUUAAAUAACUUAUUUUUCUCCAUUUGCUGUUCUUAAAUGAUGUAAGUAGCUGUAAUAUACCAGUACUCAAAUGUCCUUGCAGUUGCUUCAACCCAAGAAAGCUGUGUAUUGUAAAGAAAAAAAACAACAAAAAACAAAUUAUGAAUGUGUAAAGAUUAUUGUGCUGUUUCAUUUAGCAAACAAAAUGGUUGACAAAAGGGUUUUCCUGUGUAUCAAACUUGUCUAUAAUUAUAUGUCAUACUGUUCAUAGACAAAAAGUAAAUAAAUUUACUCAGUCUCA